UUUGUCUUGGAAACGUAGCUAGCUACUGUACCCUUACCAGCAACUGAUAAAAACUAUUUUCACACGACUUCGAUACGGAAGUGACUUUUUCGUGGCAGGUUGGGAGAAUUAACGUUGCAUGUUAGGAGACUAAGGUUAGGAAAGGGUUAGCGAAAAUGCUCUCCAACCAUCGAAGUGGCGUAAAAAGUGUGUCCCACGUCCCUUUGCAACGAAAGCUAGCGUUUCUAUUUGACAGAUUCAGGUAGGUCCCUCACUGUUUGCUGAACCUGUCCAAUAGAAACACUAGUUUUCGUUGCAAAAACGGAACGUUUUCAAACUGUUUGGAGUAAUGGGGUUUAAUCAGUAGUCCAAACAGUUGCAAAACGACGAUAGAAACGAGAGUUUCUAUUGGACAAAUGCAGGUUGGUCCAUCCCUGUUUGCUUCCGUUUAAGAAACGUUUUGCAACAGAAUCGGCGGAAUGAAUACACCCUAAGUAACGCUAGCUAGGUAACCCAUGAGAAAAUUUGUGUAAAGGUGUCGAAAAAUACAAUGACAUCUAAUUACACUUUAUGCUUGCGUUUUGGCAUGAUAUGAAUUGCUCUGAACGUUAUCCAGAUAAAUAUAGCUACGUUAGCUAGCCAGGCAAGGGAAUGCGAGAGAGUCAUUGCAAACAUGUAACGUUACAGUAGCUAGGUUGUCUUUUUGACCAAGGCUAGCAAUUCACAAUGUAUUUUUUUAAUAUACUUUUUUUUUUUGUCUGCUAUCAAGGGGAAACUUCAAGAACUUGAUGCCUAUGUUGAUGAAGAGCUACCAGACUAUAUCAUGGUGAUGGUGGCCAACAAGAAGACAUCACAGCAGAUGUCUGACGACCUGGCCCUCUUCCUUGGAAACAAUACCAUCAAGUUUACUGUCUGGUUACACGGAGUCCUGGAGAAACGGAGGUCUGUGGCAGUAGAACCAGAGUCGAUGAGGCCUCCGCUCUACUCUGAAGCUGGCAUCUCAGCUGCGAAGAGCCAGAGGAAGGGUGGGGGGGUCAAAGGGGCUUGUGGUGUCCAGUUCGCUCUCUGAUAGGACGGAGGCCCGCGUGUCCAGCUCCGCCCAUGAGCACAGAAGGGUCUCCUCAGACAAGACCUCCCCGUCCAGCUGUACCUCCACGGUCGAGCCCCAGGUGGACUCCUCCGAGGAGGUCAUCGACAUCAAACCCGAGCUGGACGAUGAACUCAUCGGCGAGGACCCCGUGGACAUGGGCGUCCUGCCUGGUCGCCUGCGUGGAUCUAACUCUGGAGGAAGAGGAGUUCGGGCGGCGACUCAGAUCUACCAGCCGCCCCCAGGGCAGGCCUUCCUCAGGGUCAGGCAGGUCGGCAGACGCCUACAGGUCGUCAGAGGGAUCCUCGGGGUCUCACAGCAGGCAUCAGCACGGCAGCUAUCACAUGGAUAGUAGGAGCAGCAGAGACUGCAGGGCAUACAGAGUUGGAGGCAGCAGCAGGCACCCGGAGUGGGAAACAAGGAAGCGUAAGGCCCCAGUGGUGAGCUCCGUGGUGCGGGUGAACCAGGCGGCUGACGAGGGUCCAGACAGUGACGAGCUGGAGGAGGAGGAUGACGAGGAGGAUGAAGGAUACGGCGUCAAGAGCAUGUCCAGCAGAGUGUCCAUGCCUUCCAAACCAGAACACAGCCUUGUAGGUUUGGAGCCCAGUGUAAACGUACUGGCUGCACCUUCUACCACCCCACUGCCUCGGUCCCUCCCAGACACGCCCUCAAGUGGACUAAGGCCAGAGCAGCUAGACUACAAGAGACGAGCAGCCGAGACUGACUGAAUCCAGAUGAUGUGAAGCUAUUGAAGAUGUGAUGACGCUAUUCAGUUAUUUUAAUUUUUUUAAUUCCCUUAUGGUUUAAUUAUCAACGAUCUGGUCAGUCUUUUUAUUUGCUUUUAUAAAUUUUUUAUUUGUGAAACAGAUUUUUUAAAACCGGACAACUUACAGGGUUUUAUAAAGUGGUGGUACGGCACAUUUUUUUUUAUAUUACUGAAAGUAUAUUAAAGUACUCCACAUGUCAA